CCUCUACUCCUCUGGUCAUCUCAUCUCGGCGGCGGCGCGGCGGAGGCAAGGAGCAGCUGGCAGCAGCGGCGGAGGAGCACGGCGACCUAUCCCGACCUCGCGACCACGAUGUGCUCUGGAGAUGAGACUGAUGGAGAUACAAAGAUUGAAGAUGCGACACAUUACAGGGACAUAAGACGCUACAAGUGUGAAUUUUGCACGGUUGUUAGGUCCAAGAAAUGUCUCAUCCAAGCUCACAUGGUUCUGCAUCAUAAGGAGGAACUGGACAAAUCAGAAAUCUACAAUUCAAAUGGAGAAAAGAUUGUUCAUGAUGGCGACCACAACUGCCAAGAGUGUGGUGCUUCUUUCCAGAAGCCAGCUCAUCUCAAGCAGCAUAUGCAAAGUCAUUCUGAUGAGAGAUCCUUCAUUUGCCCACUUGAAGACUGCCCCUUCAGCUAUAAAAGGAAAGAUCACUUGAACCGUCAUAUGCUUAAGCAUCAAGGGGAAUUGUUUACCUGCCCUAUGGAUGGUUGUGGUAGGAAGUUUGGUAUCAAGGCAAAUAUGCAAAGGCAUGUAAAGGAAAUCCACGAGGAUGGAAAUGUUACUAAAAGCAACCAGCAGUUCAUUUGCAAGGAGGAGGGCUGUAAUAAGGUUUUCAUGUAUGCUUCAAAGCUGAAGAAACAUGAAGAGUCACAUGUGAAAUUGGACUAUGUGGAAGUAGUUUGCUGUGAACCAGGCUGCUUGAAGAUGUUCACAAAUGUUGAAUGUUUGAGGGCUCAUAAUCAGGCAUGCCAUCAAUAUACUCAGUGUGAUAUCUGUGGGGAGAAAUACCUGAAGAAGAACAUUAAGAGGCACCUACGAGCCCAUGAAGGGGCCCCAUCAACUGAAAGGAUAAAAUGCAGCUUUGAGGGUUGUGAAUGCUCCUUCUCCAAUAAAUCAAAUUUAACGAAACAUGUUAAAGCAUGCCAUGAUCAAAUUAAACCUUUCGCAUGUCGAUACACGGGGUGUGAAAAGGUGUUCCCAUACAAGCAUGUCAGGGAUAACCAUGAGAAAUCCAGCGCUCAUGUAUACACUCAAGCUAACUUCAUGGAGAUGGACGAGCAGCUGCGCUCAUGUCCAAGAGGUGGACGGAAGAGGAAAGCUGUGACUAUCGAAACUCUUACACGCAAGAGGGUGACCAUGGAUUGCAAUGCUUCAUCGUUGGACAAUGGCACUGAGUAUCUGCGCUGGUUGCUUUCUGGUGGGAAUGAUGAUGAUUCGAGCCACAACCAUUAGCCGCAUUUGCAUUCUUUGGUGAUGUUGUCAAUACUUGUAAAGGGGUAUAGUGGUGUGCUAGCUCACUCACACUCACGUUGGUAGUUUGAUGACAGUUGUGUUUGUAUAUGUAGUUUAUCUUGAUUCAGAAAGUGCAGCAGUUUUAUGUAAGUAGUUGAUUGUGUACUGCUGCUACCAAUGUUGUUGGGAAGUUGGAUCUUCGAUCCAGCAAGACUCGGUUAAUGCAAAGUUGAUACGGAAGUGUUGUUUUCUCCGGCAAAACCCGGCAAUUCUUCACUUUAUCUCGCC